AUGCUUCUGCCGCUCCCGUCCCUUGCGGACUAUGGCAUCUCCCCCGUCACAGGCUUCCUCCCUCAAGAGCCGCCGCUACAGAGUCUCCCAGAUCCCUACUAUGCAAAAUGGGAGUCGAUCGCCGCCAACCUCCAGGCGCUGCUGCUCAGCCAUCGGUUGCGCCCUACAAUCGACGCCAUGCCAAUCCUGUCGACGACGAAGCUGAAAACAGAGCCAGAGUGGCGAAGAGCUUAUGUUUUGCUGGUGUUCAUGCUGCAUGCCUAUAUCUGGGGUGGUGAUUCUCCUGCUGAGAUAAUCCCCCAAUCCAUCUCAAUUCCCCUUCUCAAAAUCUCCGCUCAUCACGAACUUCCCCCCAUUGCCACAUACUCCGGCGUGUGCCUCUGGAACUACAGGCCUAUUUUCCCCGACGAGCCCGCCGACAACAUCGAAAACAUCACCUCACUUUUCACCUUCACCGGCUCCCUCGACGAGCAAUGGUUCUACCUAGUCUCCAUCGCCAUGGAAUCCCAUGGCGCCUCCACCAUCCCCUUGAUGCUCAACGCCAUCGCCGCUGCCCGCCAAAAUAACACCCCCGUAGUCAUAGACUGCCUACGGACCUUCGCGCAACGAAUCCACGAGAUAUCAGAAAUCCUCCAGCGCAUGUACGAGAACUGCGACCCGCACGUCUUCUACCACCGCGUCCGCCCUUUUCUCGCCGGCAGCCGGAACAUGAGCGACGCCGGUCUGCCCGAUGGCAUCAUCUACGACGACGGAACCGGCUCGCAGACCCGGCACUACUACAGCGGCGGCUCCAACGCCCAGAGCUCCCUGAUCCAAUUCUUCGACAUAGUCCUGAACAUCGAGCACCGGCCCACCGGUGAGCGGAAGCACAGCGAGAAGCCCGAGCUCUCCCAGCCACCACCGGACGAUGGCAACAGCAGCCCUACCCCCUCGACUAAACGACACAACUUCAUCCUGGAGAUGCGCUCGUAUAUGCCGGGCCCACAUCGGCGCUUCCUCGAACACGUCGCCAGCGUCGCCAACAUCCGCGACUACAUCCUGAAGCACCGCGUGGACACCGCGCUCUGCGCCGCAUACGACUCCUGCCUCGCCGUCCUGCGCGGCAUGCGCGACAAGCACAUCCAGAUGGUCUCGCGGUACAUCAUCAUCAAGGCCCGCGAGGCGCGCGCGCAUGAGGACAAGUCGACCAGCCCCCGUGCGGCCCCUGCUGCUCCGGGAAAGUCGCGCGCGGUCAACCUUGCUCGUCCCGUUGCGGCGGCGGCGAAUGGGGUUGGUGCUGAUGUCACGCCAGCGUCUGGGAGUGGAAGCCAGGGCCUCAAAGGGACAGGUGGGACGUCGCUGAUCCCCUUUCUCAAACAGGCGCGGGAUGAGACGGGCGAGUCGGCGGUGGGGUUGCUGGUGAACGAGUUGGCGAAGAAAGGGCCGGCAAGAGUGCCGAGGCCGUAG